AUGGAGGAAGACUUAUUUAGUGAUCCAUACAAUAAGUUGGUAUCACAUGUUCGAUCAUUUGAUGAUUCGUUGGCUUCGAGUGGUGGUGCUGGUGGUGGUGCAGCCGAUAGAGGAGGUAGCAAUGGCAACAAGUAUGCAUUAUCAUUACCAGCAGUGACUCAAGACUUGGCACAAUUCUUGUGGUCACAGAAACACAACUUCUCCGAACGUCUUUGUCGUCUCAGACCAAAGUCUGCUACUGAAUCAGAGACACGAAGAAACGAGAUCAAAGCGAGAAAGCAGUUCAUCAUGAAAGGUGAUAUUAUCGAAGUCGUCGACGACUUUAUUCAAAUAGCCUUUCAACUAUCAGACAAGUUAAAUAUUGAUGAAUACCUUGCAUGUCAAGUAUUGGCUCAUGUAUUAAAUUUGACAUCAAUAAGAGAUAAUUCACAAUUAUUAAUAUUAUGUGAAGAUUUUGUUUAUCAAACUAGAUCAUGUUAUCUUAAUACUUUAAAGGAAAUCCUAAGUUAUUUAAAUUCAGAGAUUGAUAAAAGUAAAAGAGAUGUACUUCAAAUGUUUAUAUGUGAAUUGUUGUCUGGAGGCACCAACAAUUUAGUAUCCAUUCUAUUAAAGUUGUUUGAAGAAAAGAUUCAAAACAUUACCGUUCCAACCAACCAAAAAGAAUUCAAAUAUAGAAUUAUAGAGUGUCAAAGAAUAGUUGAAUGUUUAUAUUUAAUUUGUUUCCAAUUUAUAGUUAAAGAGGAAUCAAUUAAAGCUAUAUUAUUAAAAUUAAAAGAAUGUUCAAAAUUAUUCUCAAAUCAACAAAUCGAUACUACGCUCUAUCAUCAAUUAUUCCAAAUCACCUAUACUCUUUUAUUGACAAUCUUUGUAUUGUUUGAAGAACCAAAGGUGGUAUUAAUGAACCCAACCGAAAAGAAACCAACCACCAACAAUUGUCUAUCAAAUCAAACCUUUUUAUCAUCAGUAUUGUCUGAUAUCGAAAAUGAAUGGGAACAUAAUAUAUCAAUUCAAUCAAGUUUGUUAACAUUAUUUUAUAUAUUUAAAUUAAAAGUUGAAGGUGGUAGUGGAGUUGAGAAUAAUUACAAGAGUAAAGCAUUCCCAAAGGAUAGAAAUGGAAUGGAAUUUUUGGUAAAGAUUGUUGAAUCCAAGGAAUUUAAAAAUUCAUCUUUAAAGAAUCUAUAUCAAUUCAUUCUUGAUGAUUAUGCUUGUUCAAUUGUUGAAUUAUUUCCAAUUUCAACUGAAAAAAAUAAUCAAAUAUCAUUUUUAAAUAAUUUUAAUAAUUUUUUGGUAUCAAUUUAUAAAGAUGGUAGUACAAGUUCAAAGAGAUUUUGGGAGUGUUGUGAAACGAGUGGAUUCUUGAAAUCAUUGUGGAUGCAAAUUCCCAAUGGAUUGAUUGACAGUAGUCACUUUACAUGGAACAAGAUUAUUCAACACUUGCAAAUCUAUGUCGACGCACUCAACCAACCAAAUAAUUCAUCACGUCGCCAGUAUCCGUGUCGCUAA